AUGUCUUCAAUGGAUCCGGAGAUGUUGAUCAAGAGAUCUCUUGAUCAACAAAUCUCUAGAGAUUUGUUGAAAAAGGCGAUGAUGGGCCAAUGGAAUGAAGUUGUGGAGAUAUACAAAAAAGAGGCAUGGACUCACAAGGAAAAGAUAACAAGGUCAGGAGAAACAGCAUUACAUAUUGCCGUCUCCGAUGGUCAAAAAGAGAUUGUCAAAGAACUUAUAGAAGUAAUAAAGUCUCAAACAGAUGAUCAGAAUCAUGCCAAGGAAGCUGUUAGUGUUGAAAACAAGCAAGGGAAUACCGCUCUCCACCUUGCUGCAUCAAAGAAGGAGCCCAGCAUGUGCAAGUCCAUAGCAGAAGUUAAUUCAUCAUUGGUGGGUUGCCGUAAUCAUGAAGGAGAGACUCCUUUUUUCUUGGCAGCGUUCCACGGUAAAAAAAGAGCAUUUCUUUGUCUUCACCAAAUCUGUGCUAAAACCAAUCAGGUUGGCUACUAUUAUUCCGCCAGGAAGGAUGGUAACACCACUCUUCACUGUGCCAUUAACGGAGAACAUUUUGAUUUGGCAUAUCAGAUAAUUCACUUGUAUCCGGAUCUAGCAAACUGGGCCAAUAAGAAAGGAUUAUACCCUCUCCAUAUACUUGCGGCCAAGCCUUCCGCUUUCAGAAGUGGCAAACCCCUUGGAGCAAUAUGGCAUAGAGCCAUCUAUAACCGCAUAGUUGUUGAUGAGCUCAAGCCGGAAUUACAGCCUGAUCUCGAAGAUGAUAUUCCAAAUAAUCAUCCGAGGAGGGAAUUGACGGGCUUCGUUAAUCCAUUCUCAUGGAAGCAUAUGUUUGCUUGUCUUGUACCUAAGCCUCGUGGAACAAAUGGAACUGGCGAAGGAAUACACGAUGAUGAUGAAUUAGAUCAUUAUACAUAUCCGACCACAGUAAUAGAUAUUAAUCUAUCACGCGAAUAUUAUUCAGGAACACAUCAUGAUCAUGGAGGCAUCUUUUCUCGAUUUUUCAAGUUCGCAUAUUCCAAGACAAUGUGGAUCAUUUCAUGGUCAAUGGUAAUCACUUCAUGGUUUCUCUACAUUUUUACCAGUCAAUUCAUGGGAAUGUUGCUGUUACCAUUUGGAAUAAAAGGAUAUAGCAGGAGAAGAAGAAUGGAGCAUGCGAUCCGGAGUUCUUAUUAUGUCAAACAGAAGCACACAUGGGCCGUUCAAAUCAUGAACAUUCUUUUAGAGCGUACCACAGACUUAUACCAAGCUGGUUUUGAAACAUGGGCAAACGUAGGCGAACACGGAGAUCGGAUUAAUGAUCAUGAAUCUAAUGAGCGCUCGCGUGCAGAAGGCGUGUCAUUGGCAGAUCAGGACAGGGAGACUCCCAUACUAACUGCAGCUAAAUAUGGUGUCAUUGAAAUGGUAGAGAGAAUCUUAGAACUAUAUCCCAUUGCCAUAUACGACGUGACUUCAGUUACGAACAAGAAUAUAGUGCUUUUGGCUGUGGAGAAGAGGCAAAUACAUGUUUAUCAACUCUUGCUACAAAAAACUAUCCCUAGAGACAGCGUGUUUGGUCAUGUGGAUGAGGAUGGGAAUAGUGCCUUGCAUCUCGCCGCAAACCUUCCACCCAAUACGCCUGGUAUGAUUCCUGGUCUGCAAAUGCUCUGGGAGAUCAAGUGGUAUCAGUUCGUAAAGGACUCCAUGCCACCCUACUUCUUCCCCCUCCACAAUAAGGAGAACAAGACACCAAUAGAAAUGUUCACCAAAAACCACAGGAAACUCGUAAGAAGUGGUGGAAAAUGGCUAAGCAGAACGUCCAACUCCUCGUCUGUUGUCGCUACACUUAUCGCCAGUGUGGCCUUCGCCACUGCUACCACUAUACCGGGAGGCUUGACGCAGGAUUGCGGCACUACAAUGUACGGAAACCAGCCCGCGUUCUCCAUCUUCGCCAUCUCAUCGCUACUUGCAGUCUUUUUCUCCGUCGCUUCGGUGGUCAUGUUUUUCACCCUCAUUUCAUCACAUUACGAAGCCAGAGAUUUCAGCAGUAAUUUGCCGAAGAAGCUGUUGAUGAGUUUAAUGACUCUUUUUAUUGGCAUAACUUCGUUGCUGAUAUCCUUCUGCGUUGCACAUUUCUUUCUGCUACAGGAUAAACAGAACAAUGAGGCGUGGGUAUUGUAUGCAGUGGUGGUUGCGUCGGUAAUUUACUUGACUAUAAAGAAUUCUUCAGUGUUUUUAAAUCUUAUGAGGGUUACUUUCAGCGAUGUGCCGGAGCGCCUCUACGAGGAUGAUGUUUAAUGUAUUUGUUUAUAUUUAUU